AUGCAGGCGGGAUUCGAAUCGACGGGGGAGGAUGAGGGGAAUCCGGAGCUUGGAAUCGCGACCGUUAUUCCUCGCGGGCUCCCGUCGCGCAAGCAUGGAGAGCGGUUGGGUCGACGGCGAGCAGUGCGGUUCGAUCCCGCAUCAGGCGGACUGGAGAUGAGUGCCGGGGAGGCAUCCGGAGGUGAUAAUAGCGAAGGUGAGAGACGGGACGGGCUUGCAGACGGCGAAUCUGGUGCGGGAAGAGAGGGAGGAUGGAGGCAGAAGGAACGGAGAGAAAAUGCUUUCAGUUCACCUCCCCGUUCCGCGGCACGUUCUGUUACUCGUUCCGCCGGCGCACAGGAGCGAAAUGAAAAGGGGGUGGGGAGCAGAGGACUGAAUGGCGGAGGGGGGUCUGAGGUGAUUGGGCAGAGAGGAACGGAAUGGGCACAGCGAGGAGGAGGGAUGUGGCAGCAGGAGGGUGCAGCAGCGCAGCUUGGGAUUCAAAGGCCAGGGAGGCUCUUCAAGGAUGCAGCAAGCAACUCAAGCGUCACCUUCCAUAAAGGUGCAGAGCAGGACAGCGACGAUGAGGAGGAGAAGGAGGUGUACAAGAUGGCACGGUUAGAAGCGGUGCGGCUGCUUAGUUUCAAGCAGUGGUCGGAGGCGCAGCUGCGGCAGAAGCUGACAGCCAACCUGACCCAGCCAGAGCGGGUGCGAGGUUUGGCCAGGAGAGCGGGAACAAACCAGCCACGUGGCAGCAUGCCACUGGAGAAGGCUGAUGCUGCGGUUGAUGCUGCAAUCAACUACAUGAAGAAGCUCGGCUUUGUGAACGACACGGAAUACGCGGAGGCUUUCGCCCGAGGGAGGUUCAAGCAGUUUGGAUGGGGUCCAGCUCGCCUCAGAAUGGAGCUUAAAAAGAGAGGGGUCAGCGCCAGUGAUGCCAGUGCAGCUGUGGAGUCGGUCUACACUCUAAGCAGUUCAAGUGAGGACAGUAGCUAUAGCAGUGGUGAUGUUGGGGUGAAAAUGUCCCCUUGGAGAAGCGAAAGCAACGCUUAG